AUGACUGAGAAGCCACGCCCCUUGCGAUUUGGCUCGACGAAAGUUCGCUCAGGAUGCCUGGUCUGCAAAGCCCGUCGAAUAAAAUGCGACGAGGCCCGCCCAGCGUGCCUAAAGUGCACGCGUUCAAAGCGACUUUGCGAAUACGCCCAACUCUCCGCCGACAGCAACAUGCGCAUCGUUGUCUACACACCCAAAGCCUCCUUCGCGACGACAGGCGCCGAAAAACGCUCUCUUGACUUUUUCCUCGCGGCAAUGCGCAGUCGGCUUCCGCUACAUUUCACGCAGCCCGUAUUACAGGCUGCGCACCGUGAGGAUGUCCUUUCGCAUGUUGUUAUCGCGCUCGGUGCUAUGCAGCAGGUCUAUGAGUACGACGACUCCUCCGCGAUCGGGUCGUGGAGUCCCAUGACACAGUUUGCGAUGCAGCAGUACGGGAAGGCGUUACGGUUACUCCAGGACCGAGUGACCUUGAACGCACGCGGGACAGGGUCGACGAGUCCGGAUAUUAUUCUCAUCUCGUGUAUAUUCUUCGCGUGCUUUGAGUGCCUGCGCGGAUCGGUGUCUUCUGCCAUAAUACACAUGCGCUCCGGAUUGAAUCUGUUACGGGAGUACGAGAAUGAUCCGCGGACGGGCCUGCUUGUUCCGAGGCGAACAAUGAGGUCGUUGUUCACGCGGCUGGAUAAUCAGCUCAUUGAGAUGAGGGGGAGUAGUAUGAGUAUGAUGUCGCCGCACGAUAGUUUCGAGGUGAUCGCGGGCGAUCCCUCAGCGGAGGAUGACGUACACGAUGCGUUGAACGGACUGUGGAAUCACAUCUUGCACGGGAUGCUAGAUGCGGCAAAGGCCGUUGCGCAGGGGGCGCCCUCGAGUCCGUCGAUCGAUACGUCGCAGAUGAAUGUCAAGGAGAAUAUGAAGCGGUUGCACAGCGCGUUUUUACAACGAUCACCUGUGUCGGGAUCAAUAGCGGGAGAGGACUAUGGUCAGGAUCCGGAUAUCUUACAGAUAUGGUUCCUCCUCUCACCAAUGCUCCUGACGGCACAUACCUGGGAUCCAGCCGAUGCAUGGGGCCCUCACAACGACAACUUUGCGCGAAUAGUCUCUCUGGCCGAUGGCUACCUCGCCCGAACAUUCCAAGCUCACCCAGCCCGCAAACGAACCUUCACACUCUCCCUGGGAAUCGUCCCACCCCUCUGUCUCACAGCCUCCCGUUCCCCUGACCCAACCGUACAACAAAAAGCUCUCUACCUCUUAUCAAUCUGUAACCGCCGCGAAGGGAUCUGGGAUUCGAGGCUUGCCGUAAGGGUUGCGCGGAAAACCGCGGAGCUUGACCAGGCGGUGCGCGAUCAGCCGAGUGAGGAGCAGGCGGCGACGAGGUUGAAGAAUCGGGCGGAGGUGUUUGAUGGGGUUUGUGUUGAUGAGGGGGACGCGAUAGAGGUGACGUCUAUUCCUCCUCCGGUGUAA